GUUGAAGUCAUGGGCUUAAGAUUUUAACCUAAUUUGUGUUUAACUCUCUUAAGUGUGAUGGAACAUAAGUCCAUUAAAACCAAAGGGGAAUGAUUUCUCUUCAAAGGCUCUUGGCAUGUUGUUCUGGCAUAAACAUAACAUUGAGAAGUCCCUUGCUGAUCUCCCUAAUUUCACUCCCUUUCCGGAUGAGUGGACAGUGGAAGAUAAAGUCCUGUUUGAACAAGCCUUUAGUUUUCAUGGGAAGAGCUUUCACAGGAUUCAGCAAAUGCUUCCAGAUAAGACAAUUGCUAGCCUUGUAAAAUAUUACUAUUCCUGGAAAAAAACUCGAUCCAGGACAAGCUUGAUGGAUCGCCAGGCUCGUAAACUAGCCAAUAGACAUAAUCAGGGUGACAGUGAUGAUGAUGUGGAAGAAACACACCCAAUGGAUGGAAAUGAUAGUGAUUAUGAUCCAAAAAAAGAAGCCAAGAAAGAGGGUAAUACUGAGCAACCUGUCCAAACCAGCAAGAUUGGACUUGGAAGAAGAGAGUAUCAGAGUUUACAACACCGCCAUCAUUCUCAGCGAUCUAAAUGCCGUCCCCCUAAGGGCAUGUAUUUAACCCAGGAAGAUGUGGUAGCUGUUUCCUGUAGUCCCAAUGCAGCCAACACCAUCCUGCGGCAACUGGACAUGGAGCUGAUCUCUUUAAAGCGUCAGGUUCAGAAUGCUAAACAAGUAAACAGUGCACUUAAACAGAAAAUGGAAGGUGGAAUUGAAGAAUUCAAACCUCCUGAGGUAUAUUAUUGA